CGGGUUUUCCAGAAAUAGGAUAUCUGCUGUAAAAUUAGGGCUUUUCCUCGGAAUGUGAGAGAGAGUGGCCGAGAGAGAAAGGGUUUUGAUUCUCUUCCAAAGUUCAAAUUCGUUGGAUCAUUUUCUCAAGAUUUUGCGUCUCAUCUCAUAAAGGUGGUUUGAAAAACUUGUUUUCGGAAUGGAAAGAGAACCAUCGCCGGAUACCGAUGAUGAUUUCGAUGACAUUUACAAGGAAUAUACUGGUCCACCUGGAUCAAAUACAGCAGCAGCAGCCACUGCGCAAGAGAAACCUAAAGUUCCCAAAAGGUCUCAUACCUCCUCUGAUGAAGAAGAUGAAACUCGUGACCCUAAUGCUGUACCUACUGAUUUCACUAGUCGUGAAGCUAAAGUUUGGGAAGCUAAAUCGAAAGCUACCGAACGAAAUUGGAAGAAACGGAAAGAAGAAGAAAUGAUUUGCAAAAUUUGUGGUGAAUCUGGUCACUUUACCCAGGGAUGUCCAUCUACGCUUGGAGCAAAUCGAAAGACACAAGAUUUCUUUGAAAGGGUUGCGGCCAGAGAUAGCCAAGUACGAGCGCUCUUUACUGAAAAGGUAAUUCAAAGGAUUGAAAAGGAUGUUGGGUGCAAAAUUAAAAUGGAUGAGAAGUUUAUAAUAGUAAGUGGGAAAGAUAGAUUAUGCCUGUCAAAAGGUGUGGAUGCUGUACACAAAGUGAAGGAAGAGGGGAAUGGUAAUAGUAAAAAUCAAAGAGGUUCGACUAGUUCACGAAGGAGCAGGUCAAGAUCUCCUGCUGAUGGAGGUCGUGCUGGUUCACGCACUGGGCGUUCUGAACCUCCAAGGUCAUCUGGUCAUAGUCCACGCAAAACAACACAGUUACCUCAAAAGUUUGGGAGACCAGAGAAGGUCGUAGAGGAACAUAUUCGCGAGGAUGUGCAGAAGUUUUCUAGAGGUUCUCCACGAGCAAGAGCUUUUCGAAAUGGGGUUAGAGGUCGUUCAAGUCAUUCAAGAUCUCCUGGACGGCCACCUUAUGCAAACAAUGCUGGCUCUAAUCCGUAUGAUGAUAGAGCUAGAGUUCGUUCAAGUCAUUCGAGAUCUCCUGGACGGCCACCUUACGCCAACAAUGCUGCCUCCGCCCCUUAUGGUGAUGGAGCUAGAGUUCGUUCAACUCAUUCAAGAUCUCCUGGACAGCCAACUUUUGCCAGCAAUGCUGCCUCUAAUCCAUAUGAUGGUCAUACACAUGUCAUUGGCUCCAGUAGACCUGAUGGGUGGAAUAUUGAGAAACGCGUACCAGAGGUGAAUCCUGGUGGUGGGAGGUUUGAAUUCCCUGCAUAUCCAAAAACACUGGAAGAACUAGAAUUGGAAUAUAAGAGAGAGGCAAUGGAACUUAGUAGAGCACGUGAUAACGAAGAAGAUGAAGAGAAUUACAAGCAUAGGGAGCAUAUUCGGGAAAUGAGAGAGAAUUACAUGAAGAAAAUGGCUAUUCAAUGGGGGGUGCAUGCAAAGCAGUGGGAAGAGUUCCUUCAACUUGAUAUCCAGAGGCGGGAGCAACAAGCAGCACGCCAGCUAUCUUUGGCACAAGGAUAUAGUACUGGUGGUAGUGGUCGCUAUGGUCGGCCUGGUUACCAAGACUAUGACCUAUCUGCAGGAGGCAAUGCCCACUAUGGUGGAGCCAGUUUACCUGCCGUGGCCAUAAGGGAUAAGUACCCAUAUCCAGUUGAAAGCUAUACUCCGUCGAGAGCUCAUGAUGUGUACAGCAGUGGUGAUUUUCAACGCCAAAGACAUGAGGAUUAUGGAAAAACGUACAAUCGGUACUGAAGCAAAAUCCAUGAUAUCGAUACAAUAUUGUAGCUUGAUUAUCUCAUUCUAUUAUCAAGUUUUGAAUAUCGUGUCUGUUGGCCCAUUGCGUUGCCUUGAGCAGAGCUACUGCUUCUGCCUCUUCCGCUGAGAAGGUCCUGCACCAUCCAUGUUCUGCUGCUGUAAAGGUUUCUAUUGAGUUACGAAUGACAAAACCAAAACCCGCAUUAGUGAUUUCAGAAAGCCAAGAUGCAUCACAGUUCAGUUUCAGAGUUUUUGCAGGUGGUAAUUGCCAAUAAAUAUUUCUGGGAUGCUUAAUGUUGUGCAAUCUGUGAUUAGUGUGUCGGUUAUCUGGGUGCCAAUAAGCAAAGUGACUAGAUAUAACAAUUGCAAGUUGCUCAACAG